UUCCUCAGCCGGGCCCGCAGCUCGGGCAGGAGCCGACGCUGAGAGCACGGAGUUGUAACUGAGAAGGGAGCGUAUCUCCCGUGUGUGUGUCUGUGUGUGUGUGUGCAAACAGAGCAAGGACCGGCCUGUCAAGGGUACUGAGCAGCUCCCGCUGUGGGCAGCACACAAAGCGCCCCGUACCGGGAGCUGAACCCCGCACCGAUCCCAGCAGAGCCCUCAGCACAGUCCUUCGCUAUGACCGGCUCUCCUCACCCGGACCUGAGCUGCUCUGCAGGCGCUCUCGUGAGCCCGGCAUCCAGAGCCUGACAGGGCCUGCCAGCACCUGCGAGUUGUUGCAGGCUCUUACACAACAGGGCUUUGCAGUCCUAAAGGUCCCCAUUAACAGCUCUGUCUGUCCUUCAGAACAUCGAAACCCGACAUCAUCCCCGCACCACAGCCAUUCCCUGUGCACAGCAAGCCUCGCCAAACAGAAGCGUCGAGCAGACGCUUCGGGCAGAGGGCGGAGAAGAGCACGGCUCGGUUCUGCUCGCCCCUUUCUUCACAACCAUCUCCCUAAUAGCAGCCCCUCCAGACAUGGCCUCAAAGAGAGCAUUGGUGAUUCUGGCUAAAGGGGCAGAGGAGAUGGAAACUGUAAUCCCCACUGAUGUUAUGAGACGAGCUGGGAUCAAGGUGACUGUUGCAGGCCUAACAGGAAAAGAACCAGUGCAGUGCAGUCGAGAUGUCUUCAUUUGUCCUGAUGCCAGUCUUGAAGAUGCCAGGAAAGAGGGGCCUUAUGAUGUUGUGGUCCUACCUGGAGGGAACCUUGGAGCUCAAAACUUGUCUGAGUCUGCUGCUGUGAAAGACAUUUUGAAGGACCAGGAAAGCAGAAAAGGCCUGAUUGCUGCAAUAUGUGCAGGUCCUACUGCUCUUCUGGCACAUGGCAUAGGGUAUGGAAGCAAAGUCACAACACACCCUUUGGCCAAAGACAAAAUGAUGAAUGGAGCUCACUACUCGUACUCGGAGAGCCGCGUGGAGAGGGACGGCAACAUCCUCACCAGCCGCGGGCCCGGCACCAGCUUCGAGUUCGGCCUGGCCAUCGUGGAGACCCUGCUGGGCAAGGAGGUGGCUGAGCAGGUGAAGGCACCUCUAAUACUGAAGGAGUGAAAGCCUGGUUGGGAUAGGGACUAGGACAAACUUAGAGAGUCUUACCCUUUGUAGAAUAACUGUAAUGUGCACUGUUGUAAAUACACUUCAAUUGUGGGUGAAAUUAGUAACUGUACUUACCUGAACUGGGACACCUUAGCAAACCAAAGGUCUUCAUUUCUGGAAGAAGAUCCUAUUAGCAAAAAGCUUCAUCACAGAAAAGCAGCCAGCAUCUCAUAAUCCUAGUUAGUUCUUGCAUGGCAUUUAAAAAUCACAUGGAAAAAUGUUUGCUGAAUAAAUAAAAAUGGAGCAUCUCUA